AUGAGGCUGACAUUUGGGAUAUUCCCCAAGGAUGGCCUCGGUAUGUCCCUCUCCGGAGUCACCAUGGCUCUCUGUACUCUCACCCUGCUUCUAGUGGCUCUCAGGGGCCGCAAGCGAGAGGGUGCGGGACACCCCAAAGGCACCCUGCCACCGGGGCCGACUCCCUGGCCCCUGGUGGGUAACCUGUUCCAGAUGGGCGACCAGAUCCACCUGUCCCUGACGCAGCUCCAGCUACAGUACGGAGACAUCUUCCAGAUGCGUAUGGGCUCCCUUGUUGUGGUGGUGCUUAGCGGCUAUGCCACCAUUAGGCAGGCGCUGGUUCGGCAGGGCGAGGCUUUCGCUGGACGCCCUGACCUCUUCACCUUCUCUGCCGUGGCCAAUGGCACCAGCAUGACCUUCAGUGAGAAGUAUGGCCCCGCCUGGGUGCUCCACAAGAAGCUCUGCAAGAACGCCCUACGCUCCUUCUCGCAGGCAGAGUCGCGGGGUCCCGACACCACCUGUAUGCUAGAGGAGCACGUGUGCGCUGAGGCAGCUGGGAUGGUGGAGGCCAUUUGGGAGCUAUCAGAGGCGAGCGAGGGGCUAGGUCUGGACCCUGUGGUCCCGCUGGUUACGUCAGUGGCCAAUGUGGUGUGUGCUCUGUGUUUCGGGAAGAGGUAUGACUACAAUGACAAAGAGUUCCUCACUAUUGUGCACAUCAACAACGAGGUGUUGCGGAUCUUCGCUGCAGGCAACAUGGCCGACUUCUUCCCUGUGUUCCGCUACCUGCCUAGCCCGUCCCUGCGUAAGAUGGUCCAGCACAUCAGCAGAAUGAACAGCUUCAUGGAACACAACAUCGAGGAGCACCUGGAGACCUUUGACAAGGACUGUAUACGUGACAUCACAGAUGCUCUGAUUGCCCUCUGUGAGGAUCGGCAAGAGGAUGAAGACACCGCAGUGCUGUCCAACUCCCAGAUCAUACACACUGUCAUCGACAUCUUUGGAGCAGGAUUUGAUACCAUCAUAGCUGGUUUACAGUGGAGCCUCUUAUACCUCAUCAAGUUUCCUGACAUCCAGGUCAAAAUACACCAGGAGAUUGACGACCACAUUGGCCCAGCCAGACUACCUCGGUUUGAAGACAAGCCCAAGAUGCCUUUUACUGAGUCCUUCUUAUAUGAGGUGUUCCGCCACACAUCCUAUGUCCCUUUCACCAUACCACACUGCACCACACAAAACAUCACACUCAAUGGAUACUUCAUUCCAAAGGACACCUGUGUCUUCAUCAAUCAGUAUCAGGUUAAUCACGACAUAGAUCUGUGGGGUGACCCAGACGUGUUCCGCCCCGAGCGCUUCCUGGGUAAAGAGGGACUGCUCAACAAAGACCUGACAGAGAAGGUCAUGAUCUUCGGGAUGGGGAAAAGGCGUUGCCUGGGUGAUGGGUUCGCCCGGUUGGAGAUGUUUGUAUUCCUGACCACACUGCUCCAUCGGCUGUGUAUCGAGAAUGUUCCAGGACAGGAGUUGGACCUCAGUACCGACUUUGGGCUCACCAUGAAGCCCCGCCCCUACAGGAUUAGUGUCUCAUCACGCCUCUAGAUCCGUCCUGUCCGUUAAGCCAUACGGCACCAACUACAAUAAGGCUACAACUGGCUUGACUGGGCAAGACCUUGCCCACAUCAUCAUAACGCACAGAAACCAUGGAUACUCAGACACCAAAACAUAUUUACUAUACAGACUGAACACAACAUCUUUACCUGGCAGUGGUGUCAUUACCACUGUAAACACAAACACAGUUCCUAGCUGUGAAGAGUCAAGACAGAGUUAAGCCGGUACAAAGUGUGCAAUAGUAUUAAGUAGCCAUAACCAAGGAUUUGUUCACAUCCAUUUCCUCAUUGGUCAUCAAAUGGAUUGAUAUUUCCCUAGAAGUUGUUACGAUUUUACUAGAAGUAUGUUAUAUCCUAUUGUAGAUAUUUAAGAUAAACCUAUUCUAUACGUAACUUUAGCAUUUUUAUGAUAUCUCAGUAUGCAUGUAAUGUUAGAAUAUCUAUGCCUAUUGGAACAGUAUUGGUAAAGGGCCAUUCGCAGUAUUAUUUGAACUAUUAGGGACAGUGAUUGGUCCUUCCACCUUCAUCAAGUGAAACAUAAUUACAAAUGCCUUUUAUUAAUAUCCUUAUCUGUAGUUAUUAAUUAAACUAAACGCUUAGGGAGGGAGAGAGGAAGUGUUGUUUUAUAUAAGUGAUCAGAGCCUUGGGCACGAUGCAGCAGUCACUCAGGGUUCAUUACUACUCAACGCACUCUUCCACCCCCCCAUUCAUCUGUAACUCCAGGGUUUUAAGAGAAGAUCUCUUUCUCACUUUCUCUCUCCUUUCCCAUUCCUACUGUAAGUAGUUGCCGGUGAUACUCUGAGAUCAAGGAGAACCACCUUUUUUUAAUGUUUAUAUUAGACAGUCUUUGGAUUCUACCAGACUUCUUUCAGAGGUUAAAUGAAAGAUGAGACACGUCUGUAAAAUUCAAAUUUUGAUGCUGUGAUGUUCUAUUUUAUGAGAUAAAACUUUCACUGAAAAGCCAUGAUUAUAAGUGUUUGUAUGAGAUAUGUUUCUUACAUUAUUGUAACUUGAUUGCCAGUAUAUGUUCCCAGAAGAAUUCCACAGAUGUCACAGCAGUGAAGCCAUUUGAGAGACAUGUCUUUAUUCAGACGACAAUACACCCCUCUUUGAAAUCCGAUAUUAAUGUUGUCUGUUAACACGCGUCUUGUGAAAAUUACUUUUUUGUCUUAAUUUAGCAUCUGAAAAGUGUGACUGAGAAUAAAAACUGAUGGAAGUGUG